AUGCACAGCAGUCGACUGGACGGAGCAUGGGCCGUCCCCGUUGCGUCCACCAGCCGGGUACGUCAGCUCAGGGUCAUCUCGUUCCACCCGACGCGUCGCGACACGCUCGCACUGACCAUCUCCAUCUCGCCUUGCCCCCGUCUCGCGCUCGGAUCAUGGCAUUACCCGCCGAAAGAGCGUUGUCACCCUACCGUACAGGGCCCCUCAGGCUCAGCUGACCGAAGGCAACAGCCACGGUCACAACAAUCGCAGCCAGAACAACGCGCUUUCCGCCGACGGCGCUGCUCGUCCACGACAGUCAGCCCGCGGGAGGGAUGACAUCGACACCACCUCGGCCAAGGCGCGCCUGCAUCAGCAACAGCAGCAAGCGUUCGACUUUUUCGAUUCGUCGCGUAAGUCUCACCGGUCGGGACAAGAUCUGUCGUGAGUGUUCGCUGACGUCGGGGCACCGGGUGCAGAUCAAUCGUGGAUUCAGCCUUACACGCGAGCAUGGUCCGCUACCGCACAGCGGAUCCAGGUGAGCGAGCGACCCUCCCCACCUACUGGACAACUUGCCCUAGCUGAUUCGCCGUCGCGCUGGCGAACGAAAACCCACCCAGUCGACCCUCUCGACAGUUCAUCAUGGCUCACUCGACGAGAUCACCGCCUUUGCCAACCAUUGCGCCCGGCGGGGCUCACGACCUUCGCUCGCAGAAUCGUUGACCGCCGGCUCACUUCUGGCCGUUGGACUUCUGAUCGGUGUGUAUUCCAGCGUGUAAUAUGCCUCCGCGCCUAGGCUGGUCGCUCACACCGCAUCGUUCGAUGCGCUUCAUCUCAUGACUGUCAGGUGCCAACCCCGGGGCAAGCGCCUUGCUCUUCUCGUCCCUCACUCGGCAUCUCGUCCUGCCCCACCACCAGGACCAGACGACUGCGAACUCUGCGCCGCCUAGCUUGGUGUCAAGGAUUUCGAGCCGAGACUGCGUUAGCCUCAAAUCUGCUCUCCGAAGCGUAAUAUCGGGCUUCAUGGGAAGACCAAAGUUCGAUGACUCCGACGAGGAAGAUGCCGAAGGCGAGGCUGUGAGUGCUUCACCUUGUCGUACCCGGCCUCGGUAUGUAUUGACGGCGGGAUAAUCCCGCUCCUCCAGGUGGUGUCCUCGGGCCUCAAAUCAGCCACACUGCCCGCAGACGACGUGAGGAAUUUGUGCGUCUGGUAUGCGCACAAGUAUCGAAAUACACAACAAAGUAGGUGGAUGUCCAUGUCUGACUACCCCGCCUGAGCUCGGCUAGCCUCCCCGAGCUGACAACCUGCCUGUUUUCAGGAGUGCGGCCCGGCCUAGUCGUCAUGAUCGAAGACCUGGAAGGCAUUGAUGCGCCUGUGAUGACGUCACUCUUUGAAGUCUUGCAGUAAGUUCAUCGCUUCUUGGCAGAAGAAACUGACCGUCCUGACCGCUUUCACAUUUUCGUCGGUCCGGCUUGAAAGCUCCUGCGCUUCCAAAGUUCCCCUGACUUUUCUCAUCGGCGUCGCGACAUCGUCUGACGCACUCUAUCAUGCCAUUCCAAGGACCUGCGCGAACCUUCUCGACGUCACCGAGUUCUUCGUCGACCUUGGGCUGAGCGCUUUCAACGGGCUCAUGGCCUCUGUAUGUUGUACUCUCCGCGCUGCUCGCCUACGUGCCUGCUGAACACGAUCCGCGCGUCGCGAAUGCAGAUAUCGUUUGCGUGGGAUCCACCGGUCGUUCUUGGGCCUCAGAUCCAAGACACCUUGCUGCAUAUCUUUGACGAGUCGCACCAUUCGAUAGAUGCGACCAUUUCCGCGAUGCAGGUGAGUGGAACUUGAAACCCAUCCGUCGAACCGGGUGAUUGGAGCUGGCUGACCGCAAUCAAUCUUUUCGCGAGGAUUCCUAGUUGGCGUAUGCGCACCAGUUCAGGACACAACCAGCGGCGGUACUGGGGGACGAGACGGGCUUUGAUCAGGAUGAUUUUGACGACGUGGUUGAAAUGCUCCUCGCGCUUCCGUCAGUCGCACAAGCUGGCCCAGCCUUCGUUGCCAAGGUUGAGGAGUCGGCAGACUCCGCGUGGGCAGCGAUCGAAGGGGCUCGGAUCGCAAAAAAGGGGUGGCACAUGCGUCGUCGGUUGGCUUGGGAGCUCGUUGAGGCCGUGCUUGAGGUAUGGACGCCGAGACGAACUCGAAGUGUUCAGGAGCGGUGGUCGUUGUUGGAACGAGGAACUCUGCUCGAGGAGGCGGCUGCCGAUUGGGAAAAGCUGAUCCUUCGUUCGAGCGCGGAGAAGAUCGAGCGAUGGAUUGAAAUCUCGCUGGGACGGCUGGAAGCCAUCUCGGCUGACAACACUGAAACGGGGCAGCAACUGCUCAACGCCAAGUAUCGAUUGGACGAGCUCGUGCGACAGUUGUGUUCGUCCGGAGAUGGCAGACAGAACUUUGUCAAUUCAAACGUGGCUGGCAUGGAAGCUGUUCACGGCCUCACGGCUUCGGCUAGCAUCGACAUCGAGUUCUCGAGCUUCACCAAGGCCAUGGCGACACUCUUUUCGGAUAUGCUCAAGUUAGUGCUAUAGACGGGGCUGAGCAUCACCGGGAAGCUUGUGGAGGGCUAAUCUCGAUCUCGUGACCGUUCCAGGAACGCUUGCGAAAGCUUCAAGUCCAUCCCUCUUCAUGAGAUAUGGUAUGUUGACGACCCAGGACCGCUGAAAGUGAGUCAUGCUCCUCUCGCACGUCAUGCCAGCCGAAUUGCCUGAGAACCAAAUCACCUGAUCAGGCUCGACUCAUCUUCGUCUUUGUGUAGCGCACACGACCUGCAUAUCUACCUUGCGUGCAUCGCUGUCUCUCCGGACCGGAGACCCGGGCAGCGGGUCCGCCCAAAAGGGCCUCACGAAGGGAUGUGGAUCAAAGCGCAAUCGAUUUGUCCGAUGAUCUUGCCACGGCCUACAAACUCUACCAGGAGACAGGUCGGUCGAUCAACCUUGCGGAUUGGUUCACUGCUUUCGACGCAACUGCCCGAGCCGAGGAAGCGACCACGAUCCGAAGGAAGCGGCGACGAGUGGGGCAAGAAGAUCUGGACAGCGACUCGAGCGAUCAUGAUGCCGAAGAAGAAGACGAGGAGGCGAGUGACCCGCGCAGACGAAUACAGGCGCGGUUCCUUCGGGUCGUUGGGGAUUUGGCCCACGUCGGAUUCUUGAACCCCACUAGUCGCAAAAGCGAGCACGUGUUGAAGAACAUCUUCUGA